CUUCAAACUUGUAGUUUAUAAUAUUGUUUCAUUUGUUUUUUGUUUAUUCUUCGGCGGAAAAAAAAAGUAUUGUACAGUGAAGAGCAGUCACUUGUGUAGCGUAUACUUCAGUGCACAAAGAGAAAAAAUUAGCUCCGCUGAAAAAUAAUCUAUUGAGUAGCAAUUAUUUGAUUUAAAUGAACACUAUAAGCUGAAAAAAUAGUGUUAAUACUGGCGAGUUCUCACUAUUUUCUGUACAACGAAUUUAUUCACCCAAAAGACCUCUGAGUCAAAUAAUUAAACACGACCAAAAACUUUUCAAAUCGAACAUAGAAUUUUUUAGCAGAAUUAAUUAUUCUUUCAGUGCGGAUUUCAAGAAUCAUGAAAAUAUUUAAUCCACCUUUUUACAUGACAUCCGGGGUCUGUGUUUGAGAAUAUUGAUUUUAAGUGCGUACUCGUUUAAUUCGAACUUUCCGUGACGCAGAAAAAUAAUAUUAGAGAGUAGUAUGUGAUUUUUCGGAUAUCCCUGGAUUAAUUUAUUUAUUAUCAUCAUGCGCCGAUCUUUGAAGUUUCGACGUCACGUUUUGCAAAUUUUUAUAUUCGGAUUCUUCAUUCUCACCUUAUAUUGGUAUCAUCAGGCGAUCAUGAAUUAUAUUUCCUCUGUCGCCGUACUUCAUACCAAGAGUGGAAAAAAGUGGACGGAUAAUCGAUACAUCGGAUGAAGGAAUGUUUACUCUAAGCUUAUCAUUUAAUUCCUGUUGUCAUCACGUUGAGGCGAAAUAUCAAUUUACAUAGCGUCACAAAAAAUUUACUGUGAUAUGAAAGCAGGGGACUUAUUGGAGAUGAACAUCACUGCCAUUUCUAAUUCAGGCUCAAGGUCAAGGGCAACGUUUUCAUCAACAUCUGAACUUCUCCAGCAUUCAGUAACCACUUCUCGAACGGAACCAACAUCAUCAUCAGCACCACAGACUCUUCAACAUUCUACAAAUGCGUCUACCAGUUUCUUCUCCAAUAAUCCAAUUUAUCAAUCAUUCACCACAUCCGGCACCAACUCUACAGUCAUCAGUGAGAGUGACACAAUACGUGCGAUAUAUCAAAGUGGGCACGCUGUGACAGCCCAGGGGAAGUGUCCCAACUACGGUGAAGAUAUGGAUUUGAUAAUUGUGAUUACGUCAGCCCCAUCGCACACAGAAGCUAGAACUGCGAUACGAAAAAGUUGGGGACUCCUUGGACAACGCACAAAUGUUAGUGUAGUAUUCAUACUUGGGAUGACAGGAGAUCCCAAACUGGAGAGUCAUCUUCAGCGUGAACAGAAGUUAUACGGCGACAUGAUAAGAGGUCAAUUCCUCGACUCAUAUUUCAAUUUAACGCUCAAGACAAUUUCAAUGUUAGAAUGGAUCGACACAUACUGUCCAAGAGCCAACUUUAUUCUGAAAACUGAUGACGAUGUGUUCAUUAAUAUGCCUCAACUCUUAUCGUUUGUCAAAAAACAUGAGACUGAUAGGAAUGUUGUAUUCGGUAAAUUAGCACACAAGUGGAGGCCAUUCAGAGAUCCAAAGAGCAAAUAUUUUGUGUCUCGGAAUGAAUACAAAAAUAGGCUGUAUCCUAACUUUAUGAGCGGACCAGCCUACCUUUUGUCAAGUGAUGUUAUCAAUAAAUUAUACAAAACUGCACUGAACGAAAAUUUUUUCAAGCUGGAGGAUGUCUUCAUUACUGGCAUGGUUGCUUCCAAACUCCAGAUCAAUUUAAGACAUGCCUUUGAGUUUCUGAAUGUCAACGUCGCUUACUCUCCUUGUAAUGUACAACGUGUCAUCAGUAUACAUGAAGUUAAACCUGGAGAUCAAGCUCGUCUUUGGAAAAUGUUGUCUGAUACCAACACCAAUUGCAUUUUAACGUAAUGUAAUCAUCUCCUACCGAGCUUAAAUACGAAGAGAAAAGUAUGGAACGUUCAGUGAAAAAGUGCGUAACUGGUCCAUAAUUUUGACUGAAUACUGUUGUAACUCGCAGAUUACGGAGAAAACACGUGAUUUUCGAAGAAUAUUUUUCUCUGUACAUUUACUUACAGAAAAUUAAGACAGCAAGGCUUAUAAACCUAAAAGAAAAUGUCUAUGAGGGUCAUUACUACUUCCUAACUUUGACAAAAUUCAUCUUUGAUGUUUCUGUAGCAUGUAACGCAUAUGAAUGUGUACCGCAUAGGAUAUUAUGCGGCGCACGUUCAAUAGGCAUUUUAAUUAAAAACCUCUUGUUUACAUAAAUUAAA